AAGGGAGGAGUGAGAGAGGCUUUGUAGACGAGGAAAAUACGAGAGUAAAGCGAAAGGAGUAGCAACGAAGACCAUAGGUAAUUCAGGUCCAAGUGAAAAGUUGAGCAGAGUAUUUGAGCAAAUAAGAGAUUCUUUCAAACACUUGACAUCAUGAGCUCUGAAACCCUUGAGAAAACAGUAACAGUGAAGGCAGAGGGAGCCACCCCAUGGAAGAAGUGUCAACAUGGAGAUCGACACAUCCACAGAGACGACGUGAGACAAAUCUGGAAGGAUUGCAAGGAAGAGAGCUUCUGGUAUAGAGCUCUUCCCCUCUCUCUGGGAAGCAUGGCUGUCACUGGGGGGCUCAUCUACAAAGGAGUUUGGAGUGCAUCAAAGAGACUUGGCCCAUUCCCAAAACUAGCAGCGGCUGGUGUCCUUGGUUAUGCAGUGGGGAAGGCUUCGUAUGUUACAACCUGCAGAAAUAAGUUCCAGAGAUUUGGGCCCGUCUUUGGUCCAGAAUCUGAAUAUGGUUUUGGACCCGGCCCAUUUGGAGGGCGUGGUUCUGGCCCAGGACACAGAUACUGCCACCACGUGUGUGAAGAGUGUAAGCAACAGCAAGCCCCUGCUGCACCAAUAGAGGGUGUGCAAAGCUAAAACACGCACACUGUCUACACCCAAAGUUUGUGUACUCAAUUCUAAUGAUCCUUGUCUGUUCUCCCCCAAGUAUGUUUUACAAACCUUGGAGUCCAAUUCAGGCGAUGCAUUGCAAAUGGACAUGAACUAAUGAUUUUGUAAAAGUUCUACCAAAAAUAAAGAUUGCGUUUUUACCUGA